AUGCCAACUAUCUUCGCCUACUGUUUCGAUGAUCGCAAACUCGCUCCUAUUGUCAAAAUUUUCAGUUUGUCGUUCAGGUUCAUCUUCCGGUAUUUUAUUUCUUGCCUAUUUUUUCGUGUUUUUAAAAUUCCAAACCCAACCGUGGAUGCCUCUGGCAUGAGCUUUAUCCCGGAAACUGUGCAGGUUGCCGUUAGAAUACGCCCGCUGUCACAGUCGGAAAUCAAAAUGGGCUGCCAAACGACAACGGAGCAAACCGGCCCCGGCGAACCGCAAAUUUGCGUCCGCAGUACCGAGCUGUUCACCUUCACUCACGUGUUUGAUCCGGCCAGCAGCCAACGCGAGGUUUACGGGACAAGUGUCAAAUCGUUGGUGGAUAAGCUACUGGAGGGAUUCAAUGUUUCAAUUCUGGCCUACGGACAGACUGGUUCGGGAAAAACGUACACCAUGGGAACUUCGUUCGAGGGAAAAUACGAUGAACACAUGGGCAUUAUCCCGAGGGCAAUGGUGGAUAUGUUUGAUCAAAUUUUGGCGAACAGUGAGUUCCAGUGUGCAGUCAGUUGCUCCUUUGUGGAAUUGUACCAGGAAAAUGUCUACGAUCUUUUAUCGUUCAGGAAUCGGUUCGAAAAAUUGGUUGGAAUUCGAGAAGAUGCAAAUGGCGUAAUUAUACCCGGACUGACGGAGGUCCCAGUAAAGGAUGCAGACGAAACAUUGCGCUGGAUGAUACAAGGCGCCAGUGCAAGAGCUGUAGCAGCGACUCCCAUGAACAAGGAGUCAAACCGAAGUCAUACAAUUUUCACGUUGACCGUGAGAAAGAUCAAAAACAAUCAAAUAACUACUGUAUCGAAGUUACAUCUGGUGGACUUGGCAGGGUCGGAGCGAUCCAAAAAAACUCAAACCGUUGGAGAUCGAUUUCGAGAAAGCAUCCAGAUCAAUAAAGGUCUAUUGGCAUUGGGAAAUGUGAUAGCAGCUUUGGCAGCAGCAAAGAAUACCAAGGGAUACAUUUCAUACAGGGACUCCAAAUUGACGAGACUGCUUCAGAAUUCCCUCGGCGGAAACUCCAUAACACUAAUGCUCGCCUGUGUUUCGCCAGCGGACUAUAAUGUGGAUGAAACACUAAGUACUCUCAGAUACGCGGAUCGGGCCCUGAGAAUUCGCAACAAACCCGUUGUCAACGGAGGCGAAACCGGUGUCCGAGAAGAAAUCGAGAAACUGAGAACGGAAAAUCAAGAGCUUCGAACCAUGGUCGAGCAGCUCCAACGAACACCUGUUGCUGCAUCUAAAAGUGAUCGUUCAAUUCGUCAGCUUCAAGAGCAAGUUCGAAGCAGCAACGCGCAGCUUCAAAGUAUAGUGAAGAAAACAACGGAACUCGAGUUCCGAGCCACGCAUGCCGAAAGCAUUCUGGAUACCAUUAUACAGCUGCUACCGCUCCACGAUAGUGCUGAGUUUAGACUGAAGACGGACGAAGCCCUGCUCCGGUAUCGUAAGGAAAGUGAGUUAUGGCACGGGGCAGAUAAAAAAUUUAAUAAAGUGUAA